AUGAACAGGCCUGCAGUGGAGCCAUUUGACCCAUCUAAAGUUGACCCAUGCAAAGGACAACCAUCUGGUGGUGGUGACAAAGAACCAAAGUCAUCUGGGCAAUCUGAUGGUAAUGAUCAAGAAGCAAAGACAUCUGGACCAUCUGAUGGUUAUGGUUGUGAUGACAUCCCGGGGAAUAAUCAUGAUGGUGAAAAAGACAACGAGAAUGAUCAUGAUAGCAACCCCGUACCAACAAACCUACCCCCCCCAGCACCAGUUGGGGUGUGCACAUCGACUUUGAGUGGCCAGCCCCUCCUGGAAAUAUUUGCUGUUCACACCAACCUAUGCAAGGUCAACACCAUUGGAGUUUAUGAUGAUCGAGGUGGUGUUUUAAUCUACAAGUACAAGAACAGAGAAAAGGAACAAUUUAUUGAGAAAAGAAACCGUUGGCAGUCAAAAAAUAUAGGAAGAGACCCUUAUGAUUUUAUGGUUAAACUUGUUCUCAUUGGCCCGAGCCGUGCUAUGUCAGCUUAUGCGGAUGGCUGGCUCAUCGAAGUUGAUGUGCCGCCAGAAUCCUCUUUGCUGCCUGAAAACCACGCAACAAAGAAAAUAGCUGGUGGAGUAUUCAAAAUGUCAUUAGAUCUGGAUGAUGACUUCCUCGACAAACCUAGGACUAGUAUCAUCUUCGCCAGAGGGGGAUUUGUGCAUUUCACCUAUGUGGUUUUCAAUAAUGCAGUCAAAGCUUCAGUUACAUUUAUGCUCCAUGCUCGUUGCCAAGAUAAUCUCCAAUUUGUUUGUCACUGUAAAGUGCAGGGUGAGCUGACAUUACAUGUUGGAAACCUUCCCAUCGGAUGCACUGUUUUCAUAAAUCAAGUUGAGGAUGAAGCCGUGUAUUUCAUGCCAUGCGAGAGUUUCAGAGAGAAUUGUCUAGGAUUAAAGCUUCCCUUAACCCGGAAUGUUCUUGCUUUACCUAUUGGAUCUCUUGUCUGUGCUAAGGGUACUUUGAUGGUGGGGAAUGAUAUGUCAAUGGUUGUAGAUCAGUCUUUUGUGCUCGAAGGAUAUACUUCCCAGACUCAGUGGCAGGUGGAUCAGUCUUUCGAUGCUACUAUAUGCAUCGUGUCAAGUUCUCUCUUCAUGGAGUGGUAACUAUAUGUUCUGUAGUAGUAGACCGGAGUUCG